GGUAAAUUUUUGGUUGAUUUUGUUGGUUCUCUGUUGGUUCGGCUGAGUAUGCGAAAUGGCCAGUUGGUCUGCUAUGGCCAAAUGGAAGAAGAGGGGAUUCUUAAACCGUGCCAAACCAAAAGCCUUAAUACGUUUGGUUCAAUUUCCUCUGAGUUUAAAACGGUGACGUUUAGGUUAAUAAAAUCCUAAAAUAAUCCCAGCCAUUGAUCAAAUUACGGACUUCUAAAGUCCAGCACAGAAGCCGGAUCUUUUACAACAACGACGUCGACGACAACCACAUCAGGAAGUUAAUUCGAACGCUAAUUCAAAUCCAAACCCUCGACUGUGCGAAAGUCGGCGAGAAAGAAACAAAGAAAUCGAAAGAAAAUCCCCAAAUUCGAACAGAAAAUCUUCCAAGUGGCCAAUCGUCAAAAACCUUGCUGCAUAGGAAUUUCAUUGAUAUUGAGCAAUGGCGGUGGCUUCAACUUCGGGACCCAAGUCCCUUAAAGAUUAUCUAAAAAGAUAUGAGAGCAAUGCUGAAGAAGAGCAGAAAAAGAAGAAGAAGAGGAAAAAGAAGGUUGAAAGUAAACCAGAUGCAAGGGGCGUUUUAGUUGUGGAUGAAGAUCCAGUUUGGCAGAAACCAGUAAAUCUUGAAGAGGAAAAUGAUGAUUCAGCUGAUGAAGAGAAGCCACAAGUUGAUGAGGACAUUGAGGUUAAGCGGAUGAGGAGGCUCGAACAACUGAGGGCCAGGCGUCCAUAUAAUGCCAUAUCAGACGAUGGAAGUGGUUGGGUUCCACUCUCUCCUAAAUUUGCGAAAUCUGGUGACCCAUAUUCUGAUAUGUCACCACCUCGUAAACAAAGGGUUCGGAAUGACACACCUUCACCAGAACCUGAACUGAAGCUUUCAGAUUCUGGCAGAGAUAACAUCGAUUUGUCACCUCCAUGGCAGCGGCGGAAACACCACCAUACUCCAUCACCUGAACGCGAUAUGAAGCGUGCAUUUUCCAAUGACCUGAACUCUGAUAUGUCUCCACCUCACAAAUGGAGGGUUCGGAAUGACACACCUUCAUCAGAACCUGGAGUGAGGCCUUUAGAAUCUGACAAAGCAGAUACUGAUUUGUCACCUCCACGGCAGCAGCAGAAGCGUCACCGUACACCACCAUCACCUGACAUUUCUCCUCCUCGAAGGGGUCGUCGUGAUUCUCCAUAUCAAGAUGACUUUUGUUCCUCCCUGGGGUCAGACCUUUCUCCCCCAAGGAAAAGCCGGAAGGAUGUUGGGAGAAAUGGGCCGCCUGAUCUUUCCCCUCCACGUAGGCGUCGAACUGAAACCAAUGCUUCAGGUACAUCUUUGCCUUCAGACCUUUCUCCACCAAGGAAAAGCCGAAACGAAGCUGCAGUGAAAGAGCAACAAAAAACAGGUCUGGUUUCUGGUCAAGACAUCAGUGAAGAGAUUGCUAGAACUAAGAAGAAUGAUUUGUUGAGGUUUAACAAGAUGGAUCCUUCUAUAAGUGGUCGAGGGGCAGAACCUGUAUAUCGUGAUAGGAUAAAAGGAGAACGUAUAUCAAAGGAAGAAUUCCUCAAAUCAAGGCAGAAAGUAAAAGUAGAAGAGAAGCCCAAGGAGGUAAAGUUGGAAUGGGGCAAGGGCUUGGCUCAAAAGCGGGAAGCUGAAGAUAGGCUGCAGGAAUUGGAACUUGAGAAGGAUAAACCAUUUGCGCGAACCAGAGAUGAUCCGGAACUCGACAACAUGAUGAAAGAGAGAUUAAGAUGGGGUGAUCCCAUGGCGCAUUUGGUGAAGAAAAAGCAUCCUGAACUGAAUCUCCCGAACCUAGGGGAUAGCGAGAAAAUGAAAGAAUCAGGGUUUAUUAUUCCUCAGGACAUUCCCAAUCACAGCUGGUUAAAAAGAGGAUUGGAUGCUGCACCAAAUCGAUAUGGUAUAAGACCAGGGAGACAUUGGGACGGAGUUGACCGUAGUACUGGAUUUGAGAAGGGAUUGUUUAAAAGGACGAAUGAGAAACGAGCUACAGAAACAGAAGCAUAUCUUUGGUCUGUAUCUGAUAUGUGACUUGAAGGUAAUAGCAGAAUUCCAACUUGCAGAGAUGUGGUUCCAUUCCCGGUAAUCUUUGUUGCCUGAACUGUGGAUCAGACCAGAAUUUUGUCAAGCACGUAGGUGUGAAGGCUUUGAGUGCUGGGCUAUUCUUGUUGCAGAGUUUUUGCAAAGCAAAUAUAGAUUAUAUGGCUUGUACUUUGUGUACUUUUUUCCCGCUUAGUCUUUUCCUUCAAUGGCAUGUGACCACAAUGAUCUUUUAGAAUGUCACAUGGCCAAAUUGAAAGAUGUAAACCUUUUGGACAAUUAACUGCUGAUCAAAAGCCGAUUUGAAUGCCGGUCAGUUAGUAUUUGGAUCGCUAUUCGUUAUGAUUUGUACCAAUACAGUGAGUGACUGCAUGACGGGAUUAGAAGAUGGUAAGAGCCAGGAUGCUGCUAUAUUGAUUACUGUGGAGCUUGGCAUAUGCAAUUCUAGCUUGGCGAGAAGGUUAGACAAAUUUUCCUCAAAUUCAAUUUGUGCUCGACCUGAAGCAUGAAGCUUACGGCGAUGGUAAUAUAGGUCGGUCGGUGUGGAUCCUUAAGCCAUGGCUGGAUAUAUAUUCGUUGAGGUAACAUUUGCGCCGACGUUGGCUUGCCAAUGCCAGACAUGGAAACCGGCAGGGAUCUGAUGACGUUCUGUUUCGGGACCACCUAUGCAGUUGCUAUAGGCUUCAGCCCCCAUUUAAUUCAUACCAGAUACUACCAUUAACGACCAAAAGAAGUGAAGAAAAUGGGGGAUUAGCGACUUGGUUUAUUUCAUCAUAUUAUUAGCUUGCCCCGGAUGCUAGUAUUAUUGAAAUUAUUAACAUAAUUAUUUUUUAGGAUAGAUUAUGAUAGGGUGCCUUCAAUCUUACGGGGGUAAUCCAUUUUUACCUA